AAUGCCUACAUCUGAAAGCUCCGGUCUUGUUCUGCGUGUGACAAGGCGCUUAUGGUAUUUAAAACAGCACGGUCGACAGACACCGUGCUGAAGUGGACAGCUCCCGUUCAGAUGAAGAAAAGAAAGCCACACGAUACUUAGACAACCAACCAACCAUCGAUCUAGUCACAGUUUGAUUUGGUUCGUCCAGCGGGACGGGUCUGUCUCUCACGGUGAGCUGAGCUGACAUUUAACAGCGUUUGUUUUAUAUAAUCAUCACCAUCCAGAUGUGCGUCUAAGAAGACGGCGACGGCAUUAAUGGACUUUCCGUUAUUUAUUUGUUGCGAGCCGACGCUGCCGGAGUUGUUCCGUCUGGAUACUGUGGAGUUGUUCUGUCUGGAUACUGUUUAAUAGGAAACACCUGUAGCUGAAUCUGCUACACAGUCUCUAAUAUAUUGGACUAUUAUUACCCACAAAGCAACAGAAAUGUUUUGAUACACUAUCUAUUUUCUGCAGGCAGGGAGGGCUGGUCUCUCUGACGCCGUCGGCCAUCUAAUCUCCAAUGCAAAAGAGCGAAGGUAAAGCCAUUUACUGGUCCAUUAAUAUCUAAGCUUCUCUCUCGGCUCUCUGUGCUGUUCGCAGACAGGAACAUGGAUAGAGAGGAAUUCGCUGUGACAAGAGCUUUGACUGGAUUCGUAUGGAUGGUGUUCUCUUGUCCAAACUAACCAAUCAAAUCAAAAGGACAGUGGAGUCGAGCUCAACAACCGACCGGUGCGUCUGGCGGUUCGCCAUCAUCAUCCCUUUUUUGUUGUUGGUGCGCACCGCUUUUAAAAAAAUUAAUUGAAUGCAUUUUUAAUGUAGCCGGGGGAGAUCAGAGGUGGGCUUAUAUUUGAAUUAAAAAACAACCAUGGGGGGCACAGAUGAGUGUAAAACCAUGCUGGAUGCUCUGAACAAAGUCACAGCGUGCUACAGGCACCUGGUCAUCGCGCUGGGCAGCACAUCGGACUCUCAGAACCUGCGCGAGGAACUCAAGAAGACCCGGAAGAAAGCCCAGGAGCUCGCGGUGGCCAACCGGAAUAAACUAACCGAGUUGCUCAAAGACAAGACCACCAGCAAGGACGACCGGGCUGAGUAUGAGAGGCUAUGGGUGCUGUUCACCAGCAGCAUGGAGCUACUGGAAGUGGACAUGAAGCGGAGCUUGGAGAUAGGGCAGGAGUUCCCCCUCAAGGUGCCCACCAGACACCUCAUCCAGACGGGCAUGACCGGCAGCACCACCACGGUGGCCGCCAGGGCCAUGUCUGUGCAGAACAUGAAGUACGACGCGGACAGCAACAUCGACACUGCCGACCUGAAGGAGCUCCAGGCUGAGAUCACCCAGGUGGGCCAGAUGAUGGAGGAGAUGGAGAUGAAGGUGCAGGUGGCUCCGUGGGCCGUGGAGGCCAAGCAGGAGGCCGGCGCCGAGCUCAAAUCCACCCUGAGCGUCGGGAACUCCUCCGUGGGCGUCAUUUCCAUCUGUGAAGAGGAGCCCAAAGACGAGAUAGAUGAAGGGGGUGACAAUAACGGAAUGAUCACAUGUAUCGCUGGGUUCAUAUUCGUUGCUAUUGUAGUAAUCGCCGGGAUUCUAGGAUACUUUGUGAUCGGUGGAUAGGAUACUUAGUAUUGGACGUUUUGAGCCAGCCUGGGAAUAAUUAACAGAUAAACAGCGGGCACAGCUCAGAGACAGAUACAGCCCGGGAUGGACACUAGACAGCAGGUUAUAUGCCCGGAGAAACGGCUCUGUUGUUGAGGAGAGAGAGACUAGCGCGAGGAGCUGUCCAGGUGAUGAACACUGUUACGUCUGCAUCCCAAAUGGCAACGAUUCCACAUAUAGUCCUCUACUUUAGACCAGAGUCACUACAAGGUGUUAUUCCACAUAUAGUCCUCUACUUUAGACCAGAGUCACUACAAGGCUUUAUUCCACAUAUAGUCCUCUACUUUAGACCAGAGUCACUACAAGGUGUUAUUCCACAUAUAGUCCUCUACUUUAGACCAGAGUCACUACAAGGCUUUAUUCCACAUAUAGUCCUCUACUUUAGACCAGAGUCACUACAAGGCGUUAUUCCACAUAUAGUCCUCUACUUUAGACCAGAGUCACUGCAAGGCAUUAUUCCACAUAUAGUCCUCUACUUUAGACCAGAGUCACUACAAGGUGUUAUUCCACAUAUAGUCCUCUACUUUAGACCAGAGUCACUGCAAGGCAUUAUUCCACAUAUAGUCCUCUACUUUAGACCAGAGUCACUACAAGGUGUUAUUCCACAUAUAGUCCUCUACUUUAGACCAGAGUCACUGCAAGGCAUUAUUCCACAUAUAGUCCUCUACUUUAGACCAGAGUCACUACAAGGCGUUAUUCCACAUAUAGUCCUCUAAUUUAGACCAGAGUCACUGCAAGGCAUUAUUCCACAUAUAGUCCUCUACUUUAGACCAGAGUCACUACAGGGCGUUAUUCCACAUAUAGUCCUCUACUUUAGACCAGAGUCACUACAAGGCAUUAUUCCACAUAUAGUCCUCUACUUUAGACCAGAGUCACUACAGGGCAUUAUUCCACAUAUAGUCCUCUACUUUAGACCAGAGUCACUACAGGGCGUUAUUCCACAUAUAGUCCUCUACUUUAGACCAGAGUCACUACAAGGUGUUAUUCCACAUAUAGUCCUCUACUUUAGACCAGAGUCACUACAAGGCUUUAUUCCACAUAUAGUCCUCUACUUUAGACCAGAGUCACUACAGGGCGUUAUUCCACAUAUAGUCCUCUACUUUAGACCAGAGUCACUGCAAGGCGUUAUUCCACAUAUAGUCCUCUACUUUAGACCAGAGUCACUGCAAGGCGUUAUUCCACAUAUAGUCCUCUACUUUAGACCAGAGUCACUGCAAGGCGUUAUUCCACAUAUAGUCCUCUACUUUAGACCAGAGUCACUACAAGGCGUUAUUCCACAUAUAGUCCUCUACUUUAGACCAGAGCCACUACAAGGCGUUAUUCCACAUAUAGUCCUCUACUUUAGACCAGAGUCACUACAAGGCGUUAUUCCACAUAUAGUCCUCUACUUUAGACCAGAGCCACUACAAGGCGUUAUUCCACAUAUAGUCCUCUACUUUAGACCAGAGUCACUACAAGGCGUUAUUCCACAUAUAGUCCUCUACUUUAGACCAGAGUCACUACAAGGCGUUAUUCCACAUAUAGUCCUCUACUUUAGACCAGAGCCACUACAAGGCGUUAUUCCACAUAUAGUCCUCUACUUUAGACCAGAGUCACUACAAGGCGUUAUUCCACAUAUAGUCCUCUACUUUAGACCAGAGCCACCGCAACAUUUUAUCUCAGCCUCACAAUAAUAAUAAUAACAAUAAUAAUUUAUUCAGCUUCUAUAGCGUUUUUCAUUAUAGAAAAUUAUCUCAAAGUGCUUGAAAAGAGAACAACUAACCAAGCAUCAAAUAAAAUCUAUAUCCCUUAUAGCUAGAUAACAGAGGGCUGGACUACCACAACUAAUAUAUAGUCCUUAUAGUAGAUAACAGAGGGCUGGACUACCACAACUAAUAUAUAGCCCUUAUAGCAGAUAACAGAGGGCUGGACUACCACAACUAAUAUAUAGUCCUUAUAGCAGAUAACAGAGGGCUGGACUACCACAACUAAUAUAUAGUCCUUAUAGCAGAUAACAGAGGGCUGGACUACCACAACUAAUAUAUAGCCCUUAUAGC